AUGGAGCCCGCGCGCCGGCACGCGCGCCCCCCCGGGCCGCCGGGCGCGGCCGCCCACCCCGGCCUGGAGCCGGACGCGGACGCCGCCUGUCACCCGGACCCCGACGUGGACGCCGCCGAUGACCCGGGGCCCGCCGCGGACCCCGGGCACGAGGCGGACGCCCACCGAGACCCCGACGCGGACACUGACCUCGAGGCUAACGCCUAUCGGGACUCCGACUUGGACCCUGGCCUCGAGGCGGACGCCCACUCGGACCCCGACGCGGACCCUGGGCAUGAGGCGGACGCCCACCUGGACCGCGACGCGAACCCCGACCUCGAGGCGGACGCCCACCCGGACACCUACUUGGACCCUGGCCUCGAGGCGAACGCCCACCGGGACCCCGACUUGAACCCUGGCCUCCAGGCGGACGCCCACCCGGACCCCGCCGCUGACCCCAGGCACGAGGCGAACGCACACCCGGACCCCUGCUUGGACCCUGGCUUUCAGGCGGACGCGGACCCCGGCCUCCAAUCGGACGUCUACCCGGACCCCGACUUGGACCCCGGCCUCGAGGCGGACGCCCACCCGGACCCCGGCUUGGACCCUGGCCUCGAGGCGGACGCCCACCCGGACCCCGGCUUGGACCCCGGCCUCGAGGCGGACGCCCACCCGGACCCCGGCUUGGACCCCGGCCUCGAGGCGGACGCCCACCCGGACCCCGGCUUGGACCCCGGCCUCGAGGCGGACGCCCACCCGGACCCCGGCUUGGACCCCGGCCUCGAGGCGGACGCCCACCCGGACCCCGGCUUGGACCCCGGCCUCGAGGCGGACGCCCACCCGGACCCCGGCUUGGACCCCGGCCUCGAGGCGGACGCCCACCCGGACCCCGACGUGGACCCCGCCUAUGACCCCGACUCUGACGCAGACCUCGGCCUCGAGGCGGACGCGGACCCCGACGCGGACCCCGACCGCCAGACGGACGCCCGCCCUGACCCCGACGCCGACCCCCGCCUCGAGGCGGACGCCCGCCCGGACCCCCACCCGGUCCCCGGCCCGCUCUUGUGGCCCGCGGAGCCAGAGAGGCCGAGCCCCAGGGUUCCCGGGACCCGCGCGGCUGAGCUCUUCCCCGGGCUCGAGGGGGCGGCCGGCCACCCGGGGCGGGCCCCGGGCCCCAGCCAGGCGCAGCCCGGCCCCGGCGAGCCCGACGACGGCCCCCGGCUCCGCGCCGUGUUCGACGCGCUGGACGCGGAUGGGGACGGCUUCGUGCGCACGGAGGACUUCGUGCAGUUCGCCACCGUCUACGGUGCGGAGCAGGUGAAGGGCCUAACAAGAUACCUGGACCCCAGUGGGCUCGGCGUGAUCAGUUUCGAGGACUUCUUCCGGGGAAUCACGGCCAUCAGAAAUGGAGAUCCCGAAGGCCCACCGGCCCCUGAGGAGGAGCCCCAGGUCUGCCCUGAUGAGUUCGACGACUUUGUCACCUAUGAGGCCACUGAGGUGACAGACAGCGCCUACAUGGGCUCCGAGAGCACGUACAGUGAGUGUGAGACCUUCACCGACGAGGACACCAGCACCCUGGUGCACCCCGAGCUGCACCCCGAAGGGGACGCGGACAGCACGGGUGGCUCGGCCGUGGCCUCAGAGUGCCUGGACGGCGUGGAGGAUCCCGGCCACGGUGCCCUGUUGCUGCUCCCGGGCAGAUCCCUCCUGCACAGCCAGGCCGUCGUCACGGUGAUUGGGGGUGAGGAGCACUUUGAGGACUACGGAGAGGGCGGCGAGGGAGAGCUGUCCGCGGAGGCGCUCUGCAAUGGGGAGCAGGCAUGCAGCGGCCCCGCCUUCCUCACGCCCAGCGCCGACCCACUUGCCACAAAGCUGCACGGCAUCCUUGCUGAUGAGGCGUUUGAGUUUUAUUGUAGCCAGUGCUACAAACAAAUCAACCGCCUAGAGGACCUUUCUGCUCGCCUGAAUGACCUUGAGAUGAAUAGCCCGACGAAGAGGCUCUCCAGCAAGAAGGUGGCCAGGCACCUGCUCCAGUCCGGGGCCCUGAGCAUGGAGGCCCUGCAGGCCCCGCCCUCAGAGCCCGAGGAGGACCUGGACGAGGACAUUGCCGACAAGGUUGUCUUCCUGGAGAAGCGGGUGUCUGAGCUGGAGAGGGACACGGCUGCCAACGGGGAGCAGCACAGUCGGCUACGGCAGGAGAACCUGCAGCUGGUGCACAGAGCCAAUGCGUUGGAAGAACAGCUGAAGGAGCAGGAGCUGCGAGCCUGUGAGACAGUCCUGGAGGAGGCACGGAGGCAGCGGGAGCUGCUGAGCAGGAUGGAGAGAGAGAAGAGCAUCGAGGUGGAGAAUCUGCAGGCCAGGCUGCAGCAGCUGGACGAGGAGAACAGCGAGCUGAGGUCCUGCACACCCUGUCUGAAGGCCAGCAUCCAGCGGCUGGGGGAGGAGAAGCAGAAGCUGCUGGAUGAGAUUGAGGAGCUGUCACUGAGGCUCAGUGAAGAGCAAGAGAACAAGAGGAGACUGGGGGACCGGCUGAGUCAGGAGAGACACCAGUUCCAGAGGGACAAGGAGGCCACCCAGGAGCUGAUCGAGGACCUGCGCAAGCAGCUGGAGCACCUGCAGCUGUUCAAGCUGGAGGCGGAGCAGCGCCGCGGCCGGAGCGGCAGCUCGGGGCUGCAGCACUACAACAGCCGUACCCGGGAGAGCGAGCUGGAGCAGGAGGUCCGCAGACUUAAGCAGGACAACCGGAACCUGAAGGAGCAGAACGAUGAGCUGAACGGGCAGAUCAUCACCCUGAGCAUCCAGGGAGCAAAGAACCUCUUCAGCACGUCCUUCUCCGAGUCCCUGGCGGCAGAGAUCAGCUCCGUGUCCCGAGAUGAGCUCAUGGAAGCGAUUCAGAAACAGGAGGAGAUCAACCUGCGUCUGCAGGACUACAUCGACAGGAUCAUUGUGGCCAUCAUGGAGACCAACCCCUCCAUCCUGGAGGUCAAGUAGAGGCAGGAGCCCCAGUCGCCCCUCACCUGUGCAGAUUGGGCGGUGCUUGGUUUUCAGGCUGGGUGAACCCCUGGCGAGCUUCUGCUGCUCCCUGCUGGGGCUGCUGCUCACACCCAGCCUCACCUGCUCCUGGGGAGCCAGGGAGAAUGGGCAGGUGAGGCCUGGAGCACUGGACUGACUGGGCGCCCCGCAGCCCCACACUGCUCCGGCUCCCGUGCUGCUCUUGCCGCCGCCCCACCAGGCCUGUGAGUGCGGGGCACGCUCCAAGCGCUUCCCCCAUGAACCUUUGCUGCAGUGACCCUCGGCACUCUGUGCCCAGGACCCAGCCCUGCAGGUCCUGGUGUGGGCAUCCCCGUGUCAGGUGACUUCCAGUCCUGUGUGUUCUCAGCUGUCCUCUCAAGCAGGUCCAGAACUGGAAGCGCAGGUUCCUGGGAUGACUCAAGAGUGCAGUCCCCUGGAAGAACAUGGUCUGGGCAGCUUCUGCUCAGGAACCGCGGCCUCACCUGCCCCAGGAGCGGCAGCCCCCCCAACCCCGCCCCAUGGACCACUGAGCCUACCCUGGGCUGAGCACCCACAGCAUGUAUGAGGGUGUGUGUGUGUGUGUGUGUGUGCGCGCGUGUGAGUGCGCGUGUGUGGGCGCCUGCCUCCCUCAGCCUCCCCAGCCCGCCCACCCACAGAGAUAUGAUGUGGCCUCAUAAUUGUACAUUUUGGGGAAAGCUUUGGGUGUAAAUCAGUGUAAACUUGGAGGAGAGAUUUUUUAUCAUGUAGAGUAGGUAUUUUUUAUAGAUUGAAGGUUGAUCAAUUUUUUAAUACUUCUGAGAGAAAACUGUGUAUACACAUGAAAUAUAUAUAUGUACGUACCCUC